AUGGGCGGCCGGAACAAGAACGCCAAGCAGCUCACCUGGGUCAUCCUCCUCAAGGCCCACCGCGCCGCCGGCUGCCUCGCCUCCAUCGCGGCCGCCUCCCUCUCCCUCGUUUCCGCCGUCCGCCGCCGCGUCGCCUCCGGCCGCACGGACUCCUCCGACUCGCCGGUGGCGGAGAACCCAGCAGUUAAGUCCAGAUUCUACGCCUGCAUCAAGAUCGCGCUCUGGCUGUCCCUGAUUCUGCUGGGCUUCGAGAUGGCGGCGUAUUUCCGGGGUUGGCACUUUGGGUCCCAGGAUUUUCAGCUCGACCGGUUUUAUGCCCUGGCCCAUGGUUUUGCUGUUAAGGAUGUGUUUGGCUUGCUCUAUUCCAAGUGGGUUCUGAUCAGGGUUGAGUAUCUUGCUCCCCCACUACAGUUGCUGACCAAUGUGUGCAUAUUGCUGUUCCUAAUCCAGAGCCUGGAUAGGCUAAUCUUGUGUUUGGGCUGCCUCUGGAUUAAGGUAUGGAAUAUCAAGCCCGUCCCCAAACAGGGCCUUACAGAUCUUGAAUCCGGAGAUGGAGAUGGCUAUUUCCCCAUGGUUUUGGUUCAAAUCCCCAUGUGCAAUGAGAAAGAGGUUUAUCAACAAUCGAUUGCGGCCGUGUGUAACUUGGACUGGCCUAAAGGGAGACUGCUGAUUCAGAUAUUGGAUGAUUCGGAUGAUCCAACAGCUCAGAUGCUUAUUAAGGAGGAGGUGCACAAAUGGCAGGAGAAUGGUGCCAAUAUAGUUUACAGGCAUAGGGUGAUUAGGGAGGGUUACAAAGCCGGUAAUCUUAAGUCUGCCAUGAAUUGUAGCUAUGUGAAGGAUUACGAGUUUGUCGCCAUUUUCGAUGCCGAUUUCCAGCCGAACCCGGAUUUCCUUAACAGAACAGUACCUCACUUCAAGGACAAUGAGAAACUAGGGCUCGUCCAGGCUAGGUGGUCGUUCGUGAACAAGGACGAGAACCUGCUGACUAGGCUCCAGCUCAUCAACCUAGCCUUCCAUUUCGAAGUCGAGCAGCAGGUCAACGGCAUUUUCCUAAACUUCUUCGGUUUCAACGGUACAGCUGGCGUGUGGAGAAUAAAAGCCUUGGAAGAAUCAGGCGGGUGGAUGGAGAGAACAACUGUCGAGGAUAUGGACAUCGCUGUCCGGGCCCACCUCCAUGGCUGGAAAUUCAUCUUCCUCAAUGAUGUUGAGUGCCAAUGCGAGCUUCCGGAAUCUUACGAAGCGUACAGAAAACAACAGCACAGAUGGCAUUCCGGGCCGAUGCAGCUGUUCCGGUUGUGUUUGCCAGCUGUCAUCAAAGCAAAGAUAAGCAUAUGGAAGAAGUGUAACAUGAUAUUCCUCUUCUUCCUUCUCCGCAAGCUCAUCCUCCCCUUUUACUCUUUUACCCUCUUCUGCAUAAUCCUUCCCAUGACAAUGUUUGUUCCCGAGGCAACCCUCCCCGCAUGGGUCGUGUGCUAUAUCCCAGCAGCCAUGUCUUUUCUCAACAUUCUCCCUGCCCCAAAAUCCUUCCCAUUCAUAGUCCCAUAUCUCCUUUUCGAGAACACAAUGUCGGUCACAAAGUUCAACGCCAUGGUAUCGGGACUCUUCCAGCUUGGCAGCGCCUAUGAAUGGGUCGUCACGAAGAAGUCUGGCCGCUCGUCUGAAGGAGACAUUGCAUCUUUGGUGGGCCCACACCACCAGAGCCAGAGGGCGAGCUCCGAACCGGGCAACCUUGAUCAGAUCAUUCAUCAGAAGAAGGAUAUGAAGAUGAAGAAGAAGAAGAAGCAUAAUAGGAUUUACACAAAGGAACUGGCUUUGGCUUUUCUUUUGCUAACAGCAGCCGCCAGGAGUUUGUUAUCGGCUCAGGGGAUACAUUUCUACUUCUUGCUUUUUCAGGGGGUCUCGUUUUUGCUCGUCGGCUUCGAUUUGAUAGGGGAGCAGGUCGAGUGA